GACAUGGCGUGGGUUAUUUUUACUCUGUUGUCUAAACAAAUCGGUGUUUAGUCGAUAAGUCCCGCCCCAAAAUGGUCACGUGGUCGUUUUAAAUGGCGGCUAAUCGGGGCAGUGUCACAUUCUGGGAAGUAUGAGGCAGCCUAAGUUUGGGAUGUUGAUAACGUUGAGAGGGGAUCACGUGGCUAAGUGGGUAAGACGCAAGCUCGCUAGCCUGGUGGUCGGGUGCUCAAUCCCUGCAUUGGCCGAGAAAGUUCAUCCAGAUUUUCCGGCGUGGUUCUCCCUUGUCAGUAAUGCAGGACGGAGGGGCUGACAGGGAAAGCUGUCUAGUCGUUCGGAUGGGACGAAAAACCGAGGUCCCGUGUACACAUUGGCGUGCACGUAAAAGAUCCCUUGGCAGUUGGAAUUCGAUAUUAGGCCGUAGUGCCGCUGUCCGGGCAAAAUUUCCCUCAUAGCACACUAUGGCGUAUGCCCGUCUUCAUUAGCCCAGCUUAGGAGCAGAACAGUAGGACGUUAAACUCCAUUUCAUUUCAUUUCGAUAACGUUGAGAGAAUACACUUCGAAUUGAUAACUUUAAGAGACUACUCUUCGAAACGUCGCCAAAAUAAAUAAAUAAGUAGCUGUUUUUCCAUAAUUAUGUGUUAUAGUUUAUUGCACGACCCAGUUACUAAAUGCCACUCAAAGAUUAUGGUCCACAGUAGAUCUUAGGCUGUCCCUUACAACAACUUUUUAGGUAAUCUUAAUUAUCAUAAAUUCUCACAAUUGCUAUUUGUCGCAAUAAGCAAAGCAAAGAACAAAUUUUUAAAGUAGACCAAAUGAUGACUGACAAGUUUUACAGAGUGAGCCGAGCCCAUAAAUCAUAUUAAAUACUGAUGUGACGUGAUCCUUUGAAGUUGCUAUUAAAUUAUUUCAAAUAUGGAUCAUACAUUAAAUUAAAUUAAACUAAAUGAAAUAUAUAUUGGUCUCGUGUGACGAUUUUCAUUGAAACACACUUGGGGAUAGUGUCUGUAUUUUGUUUAUGUAUAAUAUGCUUGGCCAGUCGACAAAAUCUAAUAAUCCUGUUAUAGUAAACCAUGUCUCUUUUUAAAUAUCGGCGUAAACUGAAAAAGGUAUUCCGUGCGAAGUAGCCAUAUUCUUGUAUCUAAAAAUUAACCUUCAUUCAAAAUGGAGGGAAAAUCGGGUAUUCCGAUUUUUGAACACCGCCCCUUCCCUUUUGUUUAGCCAAUCUCUAAUGGUUAUAAUUUUAAACAUAGACCAUAUGUUAUACAACGUAUGUUAUUAGUGCUUUUGUGAUCUUUUCUUGUGAAAAUGUCGAUGUUGUGGGACUGCGUUACUACUAAUCACCAACCGGUAAAACCCUUUCAAGAUAUAGACAGAAGAAAACUGAUUGACCGUAAAACUGUUGUCGGGAGAUUGCAAACAUUCGAGUGUUGGCCUCAUAAAAUGUCACCUCGCCCCUGGGACCUUGCUCAAGUUGGAUUUUAUUUUACACAUACAGGAGACAUUGUGGAGUGUUGUGAUUGUUUAAUGUCUAGGAAGGAUUGGAAAGAGACAGAACAGCCCAUAGUAGAACAUUAUAUUUUAAACAAAAGAUGCAUAUAUGUUCAAAAGUUUAGGACUCAUUUAUCUUCAGUACGAGGUUACUCUGUUGCAGAGCUUCCAUAUGGCAGUGUUCGAGAUAGAAAACGAUCUUUUAAAGAGAUUACUGAUAUUCGACAUAGUGCAGCCGAUUUAGCAAACGCCGGAUUUUACUAUUCUAAUAAAGACAGAUGCAUAAAAUGUUUUAGUUGUAAUAUAAAUGCUCAAGACAUGAUUCCAUGUGAUAUACCCGUAUGUGAACAUUAUAAACGUUCACCAACAUGUUCAUAUUUGCAACCGAUUCUUGAAAAAUUGACAGAAGCUUUGGAGGUGACAAGUAUUAAUGGUGUAGAUUCCGAUUGUUCGGACGAUGAAUCAAAUAACGGAGCUCAAGGAGCAACUCCAAAAUCACCAAAUAAAUUGAACAGUUUUCAUAAGGAAAUAGGUCGAAGUGACAGUUACGAAAUAUUAAAUAGCGCGAAAGUAGAGGCCGUUGUGGGUAUGGGUUACCCGAAACGUUUAGUUGAACAGGUAGUCUUGGAACACUUUUUUGAAACAAAUCAAGACUUUUCGUCGGCUGAAGACUUGUAUUUGGCAGUAAUGGACACAGAAUUUAAUGUCUCGGACAUUGAUGCGAUAUAUGGAACAUCUUUUAACGAAAGUACACGCAAAACUUCUUCAGAAACUAAUGUUCGCGUUUCACCUGAAAUUGAACAAACCUCGGUGAAAGAUGAGGUGGAAAACGUUUCUGUUCCUGAAAAUUUGAUUGAUCGUGGUAAUACUGAGCAAAGUGUUGCGAUGAUUAACAACCAAGACAAUGACCAUAAUAGGUCGACAUAUCAAACAUUAGACAGUAAUAAACAAGUAUCGUGUAUAAUUUGUGAAGAUAAUGAAGUACAAAUUACUUUUCAACCGUGUGGCCAUUUAGGGACGUGUUAUUCGUGUUCGACGAAGAUUCACGAAUGUCCAUUCUGUAGAACUCACAUAAGAGAUCGUAUAAAGACAUUCCUUGUAUUAUGAACUGAAAGCAGCGCUCCCAUAUUUAUACCUACAUACGAUUGUUUAAUGUCUGUCACAUUAAAAUGCGUUCAUAAUUUAUAUUUAUGCUCAUUGAAUUUUAAUGAAUACGUUUAUACAUGUAUUUCAAUGACAGUCGUUCCCUGUAGUGUUUUCUUUUAUAGUCGUUGUUGUAAUUUGAUCAGUAUCGGUCGGCUUCCACCGUGUUAUAUACAUGUAAUAUAUGAAUUUCAAAUUGUUUACGACCUGAUUAUUAUACUGUAUAACCUGAAUCAUAUUCUAAAUAUAUGGCUUACUGAAUUUUUUACUAUCAGAUUAUAUCAGGUAGUUGUAAAUACAGUUAAAAGGCGACCCCAUUUUGCACAUGGCAAACCUCAUCAAGGCCGUAAAGUAUGUGAUAACCGCGAUAUAAUAAUAU